AUGAGUUCGCCAAAUACAUGGAGCAUUGGAAGCACAGUCUACUCUCCUGUAUUUUCACAGAAAAUGACGCUGUGGAUUCUGCUCCUGCUAUCUCUCUACCCAGGCUUCACUAGCCAAAAGUCAGAUGAUGACUAUGAAGAUUAUGCUUCUAAUAAAACAUGGGUGUUGACUCCAAAAGUUCCUGAGGGCGAUGUCACUGUCAUCUUAAACAAUUUGCUGGAAGGUUAUGACAACAAACUUCGACCUGACAUAGGAGUGAAACCAACAUUAAUUCAUACAGAUAUGUAUGUGAACAGCAUUGGUCCAGUGAAUGCCAUCAAUAUGGAAUAUACAAUUGAUAUUUUUUUUGCCCAAACCUGGUAUGACAGACGUUUGAAAUUUAACAGUACCAUUAAAGUUCUCCGGUUGAAUAGCAAUAUGGUGGGGAAAAUCUGGAUUCCAGACACCUUCUUCAGGAACUCCAAAAAGGCUGAUGCUCACUGGAUCACAACUCCCAAUAGGAUGCUGAGAAUUUGGAAUGAUGGUCGAGUUCUCUACACCUUAAGGCUAACAAUUGAUGCUGAGUGCCAGCUGCAGUUACACAACUUCCCAAUGGAUGAACACUCCUGCCCCCUGGAGUUCUCCAGUUAUGGUUAUCCUCGUGAAGAAAUUGUUUAUCAAUGGAAGCGCAGUUCUGUUGAAGUGGGUGACACAAGAUCAUGGAGGCUGUAUCAGUUUUCCUUUGUUGGAUUGAGGAAUACCACUGAAGUAGUGAAGACAACUUCUGAGGAUACAUUACAUCAAGUACAGAAUAAUCUUUCUCUUCCAGGUGACUAUGUGGUUAUGUCUGUGUACUUUGAUCUGAGCAGAAGAAUGGGGUACUUUACCAUCCAGACCUACAUUCCCUGCACACUCAUCGUGGUCCUGUCCUGGGUGUCCUUCUGGAUCAAUAAGGAUGCUGUUCCUGCCAGAACAUCUUUAGGAAUCACUACUGUCCUGACUAUGACAACUUUAAGCACCAUAGCACGAAAAUCUCUGCCCAAGGUCUCCUAUGUCACAGCAAUGGAUCUCUUUGUAUCUGUUUGCUUCAUCUUUGUGUUUUCUGCAUUGGUGGAAUAUGGAACCCUGCAUUAUUUUGUCAGCAACCGGAAACCAAGCAAGGAUAAAGAUAAAAAGAAGAAAAAUCCUCUUCUUCGGAUGUUUUCCUUCAAGGCCCCUACCAUUGAUAUUCGUCCCAGAUCAGCAACCAUCCAAAUGAAUAAUGCCACACAUCUUCAAGAGAGGGAUGAAGAAUAUGGCUAUGAGUGUUUGGAUGGCAAGGACUGUGCCAGUUUCUUCUGCUGUUUUGAAGAUUGCCGAACAGGCGCCUGGAGACAUGGGAGGAUACAUAUUCGCAUUGCCAAAAUGGACUCCUAUGCUCGGAUUUUCUUCCCUACCGCCUUUUGCUUGUUCAAUCUUGUUUACUGGGUCUCUUAUCUUUAUCUGUGA